CGAGUUGCGACAUGGCUGCGUCCGUAUGGUUGUUCUUCUCGCUGGCGUCGCUCGGUGCCCUCCAUGUUUCCGCCCUCAGCGUCCGCCUCCUCGCCAGCCUCGCGCCCUGCCUGCGCGGGCCCAAGGAUCUCCGGCGCAGGUACGGCGCGUGGGCCGUCGUCACCGGCCCGACGUCAGGCAUCGGACGCUCCAUGUCCCUGGAGCUCGCGCGGCGUGGCCUGAACCUUGUCCUCGUCGGCCGUGACCCCGCCAAGCUCCGGGAUGUCUCCGAGACCAUCUCCAGGGCUCACGCCGUGCAGACCAAGACCGUGCUGUUCGAUUUCUCCCUCGUCUCCACCGCGCAAGGGGACGAGGCGAUGCGGCGGCUCCGGGAGGCGGUGGCGGGGCUGGACGUAGGGUUGCUGGUGAACAACGCCGGGGUGGCGAAGCCGGGCGCGGUGUACAUGCACGAGGUGGGCGUGGAGGCGUGGGCGAGGAUGAUACGGGUGAACGUGCUGGCGCUGACGGAGGUGACGGCGGCGGUGCUGCCGGGGAUGGUGCGGCGAGGCAGGGGCGCCGUCGUGAACAUGGGCUCGGGGUCGGCGUCGGUGCUCCCCUCCUUCCCGCUCUACGCCGUCUACGCCGGCACCAAACGGUACGUCGCCGACUUCUCCAGGAGCCUGGCCGUGGAGUACGGGAGCUCAGGCAUCGACGUGCAGUGCCAGGUCCCGUUCCUUGUGGAGACGAACAUGGUGUCGAGCGCCGUGAAGGCCAGCUUAAUCUCGCAGUUCGUGCUGACCCCGCACGGGUACGCGCGCGCGGCGGUGUGCUGGAUCGGGAACGGCACGCUCUGCGUGCCCAACGUCGCCCAUCGAUUGCAGGGGUGGUUCGUCGGCCUCUUCCCGGACUUCGCCACGGACGCGUACCGCCUGGAGAAUAAUCUGCGGCAGAGAGCCAUCCUUCGGAGGGUCAAGCCGUGGAGGAAAUCGCAGGCGAGCUCUCCUGUUCCUGCCCAGGACGAGGUUGGUGUUGGUGUUCGCUCGGAUUAAGGUGGUUCGGAGAUCGUGGUUACUGGAGCAUGUUGUGACGAAGUUGCUUCAAGUUUUUUGUGCAACAGUUGGUCACGCAAAUGUUAAAUAAGUGGCUGGGCAAAACUGUUGAGUAAUGGAAUUUUUUGGGGGGAAGUAAUGGAUUUUUUUUAAAU